CAUAGACCAGCAUUAUCACUUGCUGCUAGCGUUGAUCUUGAUGUUGAAGGAGGUGGUAGGCUAGAUGAAGAUUACGAUGGCGGCUGGUCCUCAUCUUCUUCUUCGGCCUGGUCAGCUAAAGGUCCGGCAGCCUAUACAUCAUCUAUGAGCAUUGCACAAUCGGCAAAAUUACACCUUCAAUGGGCAAAAGCUGGUUGGUUUGAUGCAAAUAGAUGGAUUGAGGCUGGAAAAGUCGCAACAAGAUCAGCAGAGAUACGAUUUGGCAUCAUCAAAGGAUUGAUAUUAUCCGCUACAAUCACUACGCUCAUCUUCUUUUUCGAAUUGGCCUUCUUUCCCAGACACCUUUUCCCCACCAAAUCUGGAGAGAGCCAUGAGGAUCUCGAUGAUCACGUUGGAAGUAUAGGAAGUGUAUUCUGGCUAUAUCCUCUAAUAGCAGGCUCCUACUUUCUCGCUGCUUCUUGGACAGUCGAUGUUGCUCAUGCUGCCUACAAGCUCAAACAUGCUCGUGGUAUCUCUAUGGUGCCUUCAACAAUUCCAGCAGGAACAUCAAGGCGGCUUAUCUUGGAAUCUUAUCGUAUCAUUCUUAUUCUUAACUAUUUCGUCAUAUCGAUAGCCCUACAGCAUAUCCCAUGGAUCGGAAGAACACUUUCAUUUAUCUUUAUGUCUUUUAUUGACGCUUACUACUGCUUUGAGCAGGGUUGGAUCGCUCGUGGAUGGUCUGUCGAACGCAGGAUGCGGUAUGCAGAAAGUAGAUGGGCUUAUUUUGUGGCAUUCGGUUUGCCAUCUACAGCAAUCAGCUUCUUCCAUCCUUCUGGUUUGCUCAAUUUGAUGCUAUUCAUGCUCGUAUUUCCGAUUUGCACUGUUUUGGCAAUGCUCGGCAACCCUCAACCUCGCCAAGCGCCAAAUAGUACGACUACCAUCACACCUACAUCUGCAGGAAUGAACUCGAGUGGCAUCCCUGGAAACACGUCCCUUUCACCUGUUCUGCCACCUCGCUUACCGAUCUUUUGGUUGACUGUAAAGUGUUACAGAUUAGUAUUACGAUCGUUCCCUCGUCUACUCGAUGCAAGUUCAGCGGCUAUGGCC